AUGGCCUUCCCGAAAGCCCCCGGCGAGGGCUGGAAGCGUUCAACCACGAUCGCCACCAGCGCGCAUUGGCCCCGCAGGCUGCCCUGGGCGACCCUAGUGAGAGCCUUCGACGGUUUCAAGAUGUCGCUCCCGGAGGCGCGCCAGGACCGGAUGCUGGCCACCCUUGAUCCCCUGGCCUUGGACAGAGCCCUACCGCCGCCCAAGAAGCACGAGACACGGGAAAAGAAGUUCUGGGGUGAUCACGAGCCGCUCUCCAAGAUCCCAUUUAAAAUUCUGAGUGGGCACCAGCAUGUUGUGAGUUCCUGUCACUUCUGUGUGGAUGAUACGAAGCUCCUCAGUGGCUCCUAUGACUCCACUGUGAAGCUGUGGGAUGCUGCUGAUGGAUCUGUGGUUCGAGAUUUUGAGCAAGGGCCCAGCGCUCCUGUUUUAGAGUGCAGUGUCACGGCCGACAGCAGAAGAAUUAUUGCAGCAUCCUAUGAUAAAACAGUGAGGGCUUGGGACCUUGAAACAGGCAAGCUGCUGUGGAAAGUCAGCCAUGAUACCUUCAUAGUCGCCUGUAAAUUUUCUCCUGAUGGUAAAUAUGUGGUCUCAGGCUUGGAUGUGGACCAUGGAAUCUGCAUAAUGGAUGCAGAGAACACCACCACCAUAUCAUUCAUCAAAGAUCAUCACAGAAGGUCAAUCACGGCAUGCUGCUUUGAUCCUGACAGCCAGAAGGUGGCUUCCGUCUCACUGGACAGGUGCAUCAAGAUUUGGGAUGUUGCAUCCCAGGCCACCUUGCUCACCAUCACAAAGGCUCAUUCCAAUGCAAUCUCGAACUGCUGUUUUACCUUCAGUGGCCAUUUCCUGUGUACAAGCUCCUGGGAUAAAAACUUAAAAAUAUGGAAUGUCCACACAGGGGAGUUUCGAAACCGUGGAGCCUGUGUGACUCUGAUGCAAGGCCAUGAAGGUUCCGUGAGCUCCUGCUUCUUUGCCAGAGACAGCUCUUUUCUCAUUUCUGGAGGGCUCGACAGGACUGUGGCCAUUUGGGAUGUAGGAGAAGGCUACCGGAAGCUCGCCUUGAAGGGCCAUAAUGACUGGGUGAUGGACGUUGCUGUUAGCAACAACAAGAAAUGGGUCCUGUCUGCUUCAAAGGAUAGGACCAUGAGACUAUGGAAUAUUGAAGAAAUUGACCAAAUUCCUUUGGUAAUCGAGUACAGAAAGGCUAUAGGCUUAAAGGUGAAACAGUGCGAAGGAUGUGACAGGCCUUUCUCCAUCUUUGAAAGUGACACUUCUUCUGAAGUAUUCACCAAAUGUGUGUUCUGCCGGAUAGAAUCGAGAGACUUGCCGGCAGAGGUCUCAUCAUCAGCAGAAACAGAGAGCUUGACACCGAAGACGAGCGAGGAUGACUGAUGGCCACUGGGCCCUUUGAGUUGAUGGGCCACCUGUCAUGUAGGUGAUGGGAUCUUCAGCGACCUUUCUCUUGGGCCCCUUCCCAGCUGAGUGGGCCUGUCAGACUGGGGCCGAGGCCAAGCCCUGACUGAGCUCUCACCAGAGGGCCACCUCCCCAGCUCCG